UCUACUAGUGAUAAAGUGAAUUUGGUCCAUCAAAUUCUGUCUGAGUUCAGGCUGCAGAAGGACGAGCUGGAAGUGAUCAUGAAGAGGAUGCGGCGCGAAAUGGAAAAAGGCUUGCGUUUGGAGACGCAUGAGGAGGCCAGCGUCAAAAUGCUGCCCACUUAUGUUUGCUCCACACCCGAGGGAUCAGAGGUGGGCGACUUCCUGGCUCUGGAUUUAGGGGGCACUAAUUUCCGCGUAAUGCUGGUUAAGGUGGGAGCGGACGAGGAAAGAAGUUGGAAAGUGGAGACCAUGAAUCAGAUGUAUUCCAUUCCUGAGGAUGCCAUGACAGGAACGGCCGAGAUGCUGUUUGACUACAUUGCAGAAUGCAUGUCCAACUUUUUAGACCAGCACAACAUCAAGCACAAAAAGCUUCCUCUGGGUUUUACAUUUUCCUUCCCGGUGCGCCACGAGGACAUUGACAAAGGAAUCCUACUCAACUGGACUAAAGGUUUCAAGGCUUCUGGUGCUGAAGGGAAUAAUGUUGUGGGUUUGCUAAGAGAUGCUAUCAAAAGAAGAGGGGAUAUUGAGAUGGAUGUCGUCGCCAUGGUAAAUGACACAGUGGCAACCAUGAUUUCAUGCUACUACGAGGACCGCAGCUGUGAAGUGGGGAUGAUUGUCGGUACAGGUUGCAAUGCCUGUUACAUGGAAGAGAUGAGGACGGUGGAGUUGGCGGAAGGCGAGGAGGGCCGCAUGUGCGUCAACACCGAGUGGGGGGCGUUCGGAGAUAAUGGCGAGCUGGAAGAGUUCAGGCUGGAGUACGAUAGAGUGGUGGAUGAGAACUCGGUCAAUCCUGGACAGCAGCUCUUUGAGAAGCUGAUCAGCGGCAAGUACAUGGGCGAGCUGGCGAGGCUGGUCAUGAUGAAGCUGGUCAACGAGAACCUGCUGUUCAAUGGCGAGGCCUCAGAGAUGCUGAAGAAACGCAGCAGCUUCGAGACCAGGCACGUCUCGCAGGUGGAAAGUGAUUCGGGUGACCGUAAGCACAUCUACAAUAUUCUGUCUUCGCUGGGUGUUCUACCGUCCGAGUUGGACUGUGACAUCGUGGGUCUCGUCUGCGAGAGCGUUUCCACUCGCUCGGCUCACAUGUGCGGCGCAGGCUUGGCCGGCGUCAUCAACUUGAUGCGGGAGCGACGCGGUUUAGAGGCCCUCACCAUUACCGUGGGGGUGGACGGUUCCGUAUACAAGCUGCACCCAUGUUUCCGUGACAGGUUCCACAAAAUAGUCAGAGAGCUGACGCCACACUGCAAGAUCACCUUCAUCCAAUCAGAAGAGGGAAGCGGUCGGGGAGCGGCGCUGAUCUCCGCUGUGGCCUGCAAGAUGGCGGCCUCCAUGAUGACACGGUGA